GCUCGCCGGAGAUUCAGAUUGCGAUUCGGAAUCAGUCGCAAACGAACAACGAACCAUCGAAGUUUAGAAAAUAUCUAACAACUAGAAGCGAUCGCGCGCGCGCUUUUUCCCUCGAAUCUCUAGAAACUCUCGAAUCUCGCGAAUACCUCGCAUCCCGAACAACGAAACGAAAAUAAAUUUGGAAAAUUGCAAUUGUCGUUUUGCUUACGGCGCGCGUGCAUUGCCAAAAACGAGCCAGAAACACACAAAUGCAGAAAACAACGAAUCGAGAAAGGAGAAUUGUAUAGAAACGACGCACAUUUCUCAGUUGCAUGCCGCGUGGAUCGAAAUAUAUACAGCUUAAUAUAAAAUAAAAUACGUAUACCCCCACCUAUAUGAUUAUAUAUAGCCAAACUCAGAAGUAAAGGCGAAAAAGGGAGGAUAACUCUGAGAGGCGUUGCCCGUUUGGCCAAGGAAUUUUUCACAGAAAUACGCAUGAAAAUUAAUGCAGCAUUUUGGGAAACUAGCUCAAGGCUCGAGACCCCCGCUCUCUUUCUGCGCCACAAAUCCGUAUAAUUAUAUAAUCCAAUUUGUGUGAUUUAUCGCGGCCUUUGCCGGGCAGUGAACUGAUUUGAACUGGAGGCACGUGUCACUAGACUUGGGAUUUGAGAUUUCCCGAGCCUCGCGCCCUUACGAUACACUGCGUUGAUUAUGAGCGCUUUCGCCGGGCGGAAUGUACACUUCAGUUUCCAUCCUUUGCGAAAUCAGCAAAUGCUUAUCGUCAAGCGCCUGAGACCGCCGGAGAGCCAGAACUUCAGGAACUGAGCCGCUGAACCGAGCAGCCGAACCACGAAUACACUUACGAAAUCUGCUCGCAACGAACCCUUUUUAUUUCAAUUAAAAACCAACGAAACACAGAAGCUCUAAUAUAUAGCCAUAUAUAAAGCCAAAAACGAACGAAUUUAAAGCAACUAUAACAACACACUGCGACAACAAGCACAAAAUAUCCAAGGAACCGGAAACAUAAAGACAACAAAGGAUCAUCACAUUGUUAAAGAACUUUUCGCGGAGCAAAAGUCUCUUUUCUUGUACAUAUACACUAGAAUUUAGGUUGUUUUUGUUGAUUUUGAAUGCAAAACUCAUAGAUAUAUAUCAUUGUUGUCCCACUUUGUUGUGUUAGCUUAGCUAGACUAAAGAGCCCCCAACGAAUACUAGUCAGCCGCCCAACUGUGCGUAUACGCAACGUGGCCACAUUGCGUAUACUUAAUAUCUAAGUUAGUUCCCUAAGGAUAAACGAACAAAUGAUGAAAAAUCUCAACGGUAGGGCGCACAAUGCGUGCUACCAUCCCUACUACCACCAGUCGCUGCACUUUGCGCAGCAGCAGCAUCUGCAGCAGCAUCAGCAGCAGCAGCAGCAUCAGCAGCAGCAACAUCUGCAGCAGCAGCAGCAGCAGCCCCAGCAGCAAUUGUUACGUCAGCAGCAACGGCAACUGCCCACGCAGGCUGCCUACCAGCAACAGCAGCAACAUCAGGAGCAACAGCAACAACAGCAACAGCAACUGAGGCAAUCGUUUGCCCACAAUGCCUUCCCACUGCGCAGCGGCAACAGCAACAAUUAUGGCCAUGUUGCUGGUAGCGCCUACGCCGGCAACAGCAGCAACAAUGCGGCUGCCAUGGCCGCCGUGUGCCAAAUGCAGAAUUUUUUUAGUCAGCAGCAACCACAGGAGUACAACAACAAUUCCUUGCCCAUUAACUAUUAUCAGCAGCAGCUACAGCAGCAGCAGCAGCAGCAGAGACAGCAGCAAUCGCAGCCACAACAACAGCAAUUGCAGCAACAACAGGCAAUUACAGCUGCGACAACGGCAGCAACAUGCAAUGCCACAGCAGCAGCAACAACAUCCUCGGCAGCAGCAGCAACAGCCACAUCAGCAGCAGCAGCAACACCAACAACAUCCACAAACAACGACAACAACAGCGAUAACUUUGCAAUGGACGCCAGUGAAAUCGCCACUUUCCUCGCCAACGAGCUUUUCCUACAGCAGCUCGGCAACUUCGAGACCGUUCAGAGUGUCCUAACGCUGACGACGCCCACGUUGACCCCGACCACGACGCGCAGCAUCGAGGACUCCUUUUUCCAGAUAAUUUCGGACACGCAAAAUGAUCGUGGAGCAGGCUGCGCGGGAUUCGCCGUGCCCCUGGUGCUGCCCAAUGCUGCGAACGGAGGAAACGAGUCCAAUGGCAACGGCAUCGCCGCGAUCCCCAGCCAGCAGCCGUACGAUGUGAGCCUGGUGCCUGGCAGCGAGUCUGAGGACUCCAAUGGCUCGUAUAAUGAUACGCAGAUGAACGAGGAGCAGGACACAACCGAUACUUCAAGUGCCCAUACGGACAGCACCUCGUACCAGAAUGGCCACAUACUGCAGGGCGGCAGUGUCAACGGCGGCGUCAACAACUUCACCAAUGUCCUGGCCGCCGUGAAUACAGCCAACCGAGGCGAGUCCUCAUCAACGAAUACCUCAAACACCCCGGCGCGACGUGGAGGUGGCCGGCGGCCCAACCGCUCGGCCAACAUGACGCCGGAGGAGGAGCAGAAGCGGGCCCUGCGCCGGGAGCGGAACAAGCAGGCGGCGGCGCGCUGCCGGAAGCGGCGGGUGGACCAGACCAACGAGCUCACCGAGGAGGUGGAGCAGCUGGAGAAGCGCGGCGACGCCAUGCGCAAGGAGAUCGAGGCGCUGACGAACAGCAAGAACCAGCUGGAGUACCUGCUGGCCGCCCAUCGGCCCACCUGCCACAAGAUCCGCGCGAAUCUGCUGAGUGUGACCACCUGCAAUGGGCUGAUUGCUCCGGCCGGACUCCUGAGUGCCGGCAGCAGUGUCAGCGCGGGAUCGAGCAGCCACCACAACCACAACAGCAACGACAGCAGCAAUGGCACGAUCACGGGCAUGGACGCCACCCUAAACUCCACCGGCAGGAGCAACUCGCCAUUGGAUCUCAAGCCGGCGGCGAAUCUGGACAACCUGCUGCUGCACAUCAAGGACGAGCCAUUGGACGGGGGCCUGGACUCGGGCUCGAGUCUGGACCAGGAUGGUCCGCCGCCCAGCAAGCGGUUCACGCUGCCGCCCAUGUCCACGAUGCCGCACAUGUCCACGCUGAUGACGCCCACCGGUGCCUCGUCGGGAUCUCUGCAGACGCCGAUAACGAGCACGGCGCCGGGGGGAUUUGGCAGUGCCUUUCCGGUGACCAGCAAUGGGGGAGGAGGCGGCAGCAACAGCAUGAACAGUCCCACGCUGAAUGCCCUGAACAAGGUGCCCAAGGAGCGGCCCAACACGCUGGCCUUCCAGCGACCCCUGGGCCAGAGCAUGCAACUGAACCUGGCCAGCAGCAACAAGGCGCAGCCGGGCGGACCCACGCAGAUCCAGGGCGUGCCCAUCCAAACGCCCUCGACGGGCACCUUCAACUUCGACUCCCUGAUGGACGGCGGCACCGGGCUGACCCCCGUCUCCGGACCCCUCGUGCCCAACAGCUCCGCCACGAACAAGCAUCCGCUGGAGCUGCAGACGCCCACCGCCGAGCCCUCGAAGCUGGUCAGCUUAUAACCACGGGACAGGAUGUGGGCCAGGGCCGGCGGGUAGGAUAGCUCGAGUCAGGAUUAGGUUAAGUUUUAUAUGAUUGGAGGAGCGUAGCGAUUAUAUUUACACUUGCUGACAGAAGAGGGAAGCGAGGAAAACAUUUUCUUAGUUGUAAUAUGUGUGUAAUACGAGAUGUUUUCACUCUUUUGUAACUUCGUUAACUCUAAUGUUUUUCGUAUUAUUACCUUUAUCAUUAUUAUGGUUAAUUUAUGAUUUUGCUAUGUCUUUUACAUACGACGAGCUGCAUAUGUUAUGCACUCGUGUCUUGUGCAAUUUUCAAACCUUUUCAUUGCGUGUUAUAUAUUUUCAAAAAAUAUACAAAUGCGAACGAUCGAUGCCUGGAAACCGCUGUUGAGCAUGAUAAGGAUGUGGGGAGUGUAGAUUUGAAGGAUGCGUUGUGAUAUUUAUUAUAAAACGAAUACAAAAGAUAAAGAUAACAGAUAAACGAUAAAAAACAAGAGCCGUAAACAAAAGCGUGUAAUGAAAGGAACUAAGCCGGUUUUAAAAUUGUACAUUUAAACAUUUAAGCGAAUCGCGUGAGUAUAGAGAGAUAUGAAUAUAUGUAUAUGCAGCAUACAAACUAAACACUAAAUACAAUGCCUUGAGAGAGAAUUAAGAAAUGCAAAACACUUUAUAUAAAAAUAUAUGUAUAUGUACGUUUAAACCUAAACAAUAAUCGCGUUGAAGCAAGUUUUAUAUUGAGCAAAAGCAAGAGCCAGAGCAAAAGCAAAUGUGAAAUGAGAUAAAUAUACUUAUUGUACUCUGUAAGCUGCAGUAGAAACCCAAAUAUAUUUUUACUAAACGCAACAAGUGCGCUAUUUUCAAAUACCAUUUAUAAGAAAUGACAAAAGCAAAGCAAUUAUUUAAUAUGUAAUUAUGUAUUAUGUAUACCCAAGUACGAUUUAACGAACGCUGAUCAGGUAAAAGCAAAACAGAAAUAGUAACUCUCGCCACAGUUUCCACAGUAAGGUCUCCGAAACUCUCUGUUCAAAAUUAUCAAUUUAUCCAAUAAACCAAACCGAUCGAUAGUAACUAAAUGCACUUAUAAGGGCAGAAAACACCAAAAUUGACAAAAAUGAAAUAAAAUAAAAUAAAAACACCGAAAAAAACCUAAAAACAAA